UCACGGCGUGUCUUUUUGAGAGAGAAUGAAAAGCUUGGUCAUCCGGGCAGGGCUUGGCGUCCGGCUGCCGCUCUUUUUCAAGGAUUCUUUUUCCGGAUUCAACGGGGCACCGGCAUCCCCGUUGUCUUUCCACACAACUUCAACUCUACAUCUGACAUUCACAAUCCAAAUGAUGUUGCUUUGUCAUUGUAAAAGUCCCUUCCUCGCCAUUUGAUUGCUUCCACAUCUGCAGAAAUGACGCCCUUGCACAAUUAUACUGUGAAUGAUCGGCCAGUAUAUAACCGACCUUAUCUGCACGUUUAGCCUUGAUAACGAGCAUACACGGCUCAUCCACGUGCAUUUUCAGUCUGUGACUCGCGCACCGGGCAUCGGCAGAUGGGAGGUUAUAAAAGCUCACCUUGCUCGAUUCCAGUUGAGACUUGACUUAUUAAGGGUCUUGAGCAGCGACGGGCUAAACGAUCUCACUGGACACAUUCAGCCAUGGCAGGAAAAGAUGAACUGGGCAAGCCCAAGUCAAAAAGUGCUUUGGUGUGCGGCUACCCAAUUAGCAUCUUUUUUAUUGUGGUCAACGAGUUCUGUGAGCGCUUCUCCUACUAUGGCAUGCGAGCUGUGCUGGUGCUUUACUUUAAGUACUUCCUGCGGUGGGACGAUGACUUUGCCACCACCAUCUACCAUACCUUUGUUGCCCUCUGCUACCUGACCCCGAUCCUGGGUGCCAUCGUGGCCGACUCUUGGCUGGGCAAGUUCAAGACUAUCGUUUACCUGUCCAUUGUGUACGCUUUGGGGCAGGUGGUCUUGGCAGUCAGCGCCAUUCAUGACAUCACAGACAACGACCGUGACGGAACCCCGGACAACAUGGCUUUCCACGUAGCUCUGUCCAUGGUGGGUUUGCUUCUUAUCGCCCUGGGAACAGGAGGCAUCAAACCUUGUGUUGCGGCCUUUGGUGGAGACCAGUUUGAAGACCAUCAGGAGAAGCAGAGGAGCACUUUUUUUUCCAUUUUCUACCUGUCCAUUAAUGCAGGCAGUCUGCUGUCCACCGUCAUCACCCCCAUCCUCAGAGCCCAGGAAUGUGGAAUCCACAGUCAGCAGAAAUGUUACCCGCUGGCUUUUGGUGUCCCCGCAGCCCUCAUGGUGGUCGCUCUGAUUGUGUUCAUUGUGGGAAGUCAAAUGUACAACAAGACUGCUCCUCAGGGAAACAUCAUGGUGAAAGUCUGCAAAUGCAUCGGGUUUGCAAUCAGCAACCGCUUCAGGCAUCGUCAUCCGGCAUACCCGAAAAGAGAGCACUGGAUGGACUGGGCUGAAGAAAGAUAUGACAAACUUUUGAUUGCCCAGGUGAAGAUGGUGGUCAAGGUGCUGUUCCUCUACAUCCCCCUGCCAAUGUUCUGGGCUCUCUUUGACCAGCAGGGAUCAAGAUGGACCCUCCAGGCGACGACCAUGGACGGUGACUUUGGAAUCCUCAUAAUCCAGCCCGACCAGAUGCAGACGGUCAACCCCAUCUUGAUCCUGAUUCUGGUGCCAAUCGUGGAUAGUCUGGUCUACCCGCUCAUCUCCAAGUGCAAGUUGAACUUCAGCCCGUUGAAGAGGAUGACCACGGGGAUGUUCCUCGCCGCUUUGGCGUUUGUUGCCGCAGGCCUGGUUCAGAUCCAGAUUGAUCAAACCCUGCCCACCUUUCCGUUAAGCACACAGAGCCAAGUGAAGGUUCUCAACAUGCUCGACAGGCCAUUAGACAUCACGGCUGGGUCGCACUCAUUUAAGUUGGAUGCUUUCACGGCCAACAAUGACUACCUGACAUUCGAUGACUCAUUUUCUCUGGAACUGGGCCCCGGCGCUUUUUAUCCCAUCACUUUGAGUGACGCGUCUCGGAAUACUCUGGUGAUCCUUCAGGAUGGGCCUCUGCCCAGACCAGUAGUGUUUGAUGAUAUCACAGCCAAGCCAGAACAGGGUGCCAAUGCUAUAAGAUUUUUCAAUGGCCUCGGCUCGACUUUGAACAUAACAAUUGGUAAUCUGGACUUCAAUGGUGUGGGUGCUUCCAACAUGUCCAAGUAUUUGGCAGUACCGCACGGGAAUGCACAGUUCCUGAUCGAGAACAACACAGGAGGCCAGUGCAUCUACAACCAGCAACUUGGCUUCGGCAGCUCUUACACCUUGGUCAUCCCACCCACUUUCACAUUUGGACCAAAUGUAAGAAGACGUUUACUGACACGUGUGCAAUAUUUUCCUGUUGAGGCAUUUCGUAACUUGAAAAUUUCGUAUGAAGAGGUACCACUGGAUCUUUAUUGUUCCAAUAAGUUAGUGUAUGUCCAAACUGUAACUUCUUCCCAGGCACCCAGCAACAUGAAAUCAGUCCUGCAGGCCGGUUGGCUGUUAACAGUUGCUGUCGGAAAUAUCAUUGUGCUCAUUGUUGCCGAGGCAGCGACACUUGAAGAUCAGUGGGCCGAGUACAUUCUCUUUGCGUCCUUGCUGGUGGCGGUGUGCAUCAGCUUUGCCAUCAUGGGCUAUUUCUACACAUACACCGACCCGAGCAAGAUCGAAGCUCACUUCCGAGAGAUGGAGCCCAACGAGAAGCGCAAGAACAUGGACGGAAAGGACAGAGUUCAGCGCCACAAUGAAGAAAAGUGCUCCGAUUCCAGCUCGGAUGAGGAGGAAGAAUCCACACAGACCAAGUUGUAAAACAAACAAAGAGGAAAAAUUGAGACUCAGACCCAAAGUAUUUACCAUUGUAUUUAGACGCUGCAGGUUUGUCAUUUGUUGAAUGUCAAAAAUGACUUUGGUCCGUGUUUGGUAACAUGAUUUGCAAAUUUGCAGGAGCUCGGUUUCCAUGCGGGUGUACUCGAACGCAUUGUAGUUUGUCCUGUUACUGUAAAUUCAUGAUCAAAUGGCUUAUUUUGCACUGUGUUGCGGCAACUUUCCAUUUCCUGUUUUGUUUUCGUUUGAGAUGUGCUGUGUCGGGGUUGGUAGGCAUUGCAUUGUUUAUAACAGGCUGUUUUUAAUUCAUGGCAAAUGAGUUUUCUCCCGUUGUCUUUUGUGAGUACAAUUAGGAUGGCUUGAUUUUUUUUUUUCCAAUAUAACAUUGAUUC